AUGUCAAAACCCAAGAUCAACAUCGAUCGGUGGGAGUGGAGCUCUGAGCGCUCCCGGCCCAUCAAAAAGUCAUACUUGGCCAUAACAAAAUCAGAUGGUCAAAUCGUCCUGGAGCCCGACCAGCCUCCACCACUGAUCCCCUUCGACGUUCUUUUCCAAAGGUCAGCGGAGAACAACAAGAAUGCGACAUAG